CUUUGUCCUUCUCUUUGUCCUGCAAAGAUGUCUGCAGCUGGCCCUUCUACAGCUACAAAUGGCGACGUUGUAUCAUCGGAUUCGAUGACUUCCAGAGAUUACUAUGCCGACUCCUAUGCACAUUUCGGUAUCCAUGAGGAGAUGCUGAAGGAUACCGUCCGAACGGGCUCGUACCGUGCUGCGAUCAUCAACAACCCGCAUCUCUUCAAAGGAAAGACUGUCCUAGACGUUGGUUGUGGGACCGGGAUUCUGAGCAUGUUUGCCGCAAAGGCUGGUGCUUCACACGUUGUCGGGAUCGACAUGUCAAACAUCAUUGACCAAGCACAAAAGAUCAUUGAGGCUAAUGGCUUCAAAGACACGAUCACGCUUGUCAAGGGAAAACUCGAAGAAGCCGUGCUUCCUAUAGACAAGUUCGACAUUAUCAUCAGCGAAUGGAUGGGCUACUUUUUGUUGUACGAGUCCAUGCUUGAUACUGUCCUCCUUGCGAGGGACAAGUACUUGAAACCCGAUGGGCUCAUCUUCCCCGACAAUGCGAAGAUAUACCUAGCAGCGAUCGAGGACCAAGAUUACAAAGAAGAAAAGAUAAACUUUUGGGAUAAUGUUUACGGGUUUGAUUACUCGUGUAUAAAAGAUAUCGCAUUGCGCGAACCCCUCGUAGAUACUGUAGAAUUAAAAGCUGUUGUGACAGACCCCUGUCUCAUUAAGCACGUAGACCUGCGAACCGCGAAAAAGGAGGACCUGACAUUCACGGUUCCUUUCUCCCUAUACGCUACUCGAAAUGAUUAUGUCCAUGCUUUCCUUGCAUGGUUCGAUAUCUCUUUCGAUUGCACCCACAAAAAGAUUUCGUUCUCCACUGGUCCUCACGCAAAGUAUACCCAUUGGAAGCAAACUGUGUUCUAUACUCCUACAACGAUCACGAUUUCCGAAGGCGAAUCAAUAACUGGCACGCUUUCGUGUGCACCCAACGUACGCAACAACCGUGAUCUUGAUAUCUCGAUCGCAUGGGCUGCGCCUGACGGGCAAAGCGAGACUGUACAAUACAAAAUGUCGUAAUAUGCUUUCAUUGCAUGCUGAUCAUGAAACGUGUCGUUAAAAAAACAACUUGCUUAUUGCCAUACACCUUGCACACGCACUCAAUGAUAUAUAACGAUGACACCACAUUUUGCAUAUCAAUUGCCACUUUUUUCUUGAUGCAUUUGUUGUUACAGGUAUUGAUUAACAUAAUAAUGAGACUUGUGCGGAAAUUUUGUUGUCGUUAUGCAAAUUCUGCCUUGCAUUCUCAUUU